CCCACUCCUAACUCUCUCUCCAGUCUCUCCCACUCCUAACUCUCUCUCCACUCUCCACCACCACUCUCUGCUACUGAUAAACACACCGCAAAAUCAUCACAUCAUCGAUUAUUAACGACGAAUUCAACUCAUAUCAAGUGGUUUUUUAAAGUUCUGUUACCUGUUCGGAGCUUUUUUUUGAGAAGUUAUGGCUGAAAUACCUCACGGAAAUUCAGUACGUAGGAGCACAAGGCUUAUACUAAAAAGCUUACAAAGACCGAUUAGUGAUCCAGUAUACAUUGAUUUAGAAGCUGACGACGCUGACCAAGUUAGAAAAGCUGAAACAAUGAAAAAUGUGGGGGACAUAAUUAGUGAAGAAGGAAAAAAUGGACUAGUGAGAGGGGAAGUUACUUUAUAUAAUUCAGAUGAUGAUUUUGUGAAUCCUGCACCAUGGUCAAAAAGCAAAGAAAAGAGGAAAGAUGAUACUAAUGAGCUAAGAAAUGUAAAAAGGAAGAUUGUACUUGAGGUAAAUCAUCCAGCUGAAACACAAAAAGGGAAAAAGAAGGGCGGACAAAGACUGGUUGAUGAGGUAUUUGAAACACUUUUGAUUUUGGUAUUUGUUUUAGUAAAGAUUUGUUUUAAAAUUCCAUACACUCUUAUUUGUAUCAGGGAGUGGGUGGAAGAUGCUGGUUUUAAGACUUUGCUUCAUUUUGAAUUGGCUGAGCUGCCACAGAGGCUUUCAUAUAAGGUUCUUAAAUCUUUUGAUGAAAAAAAUUGCUUGUUGGUACUAAAGAAUGGAGAGAUACAAAUCACUGAGAAUGUUGUCUACGCUAUUGGUAAGCUUUUUCUAAAGAGUACAGAAAAGCCAAUUGAGAUAAUGACAAAAUUGAAUGAAAUGGAUGGCUCUGAUGCUGAUAAGGAAAUUGAAUUGUUUGAGGACUUGUUAGAAGAAGUCACUGACCUGCCUGUUAGCUCCAUAGCACCCGAUUCUUCCAACUUCUCAGCGGUCGCGUUGGAACUACUCAUUCUUCAAGAUAAUAAAGCUCAAAAAAGAAAAGCAAAAGACAAAAUCGAGGAAAGAACUGAGAUUGCUGAAAAGGCUGAUGAAAUAACAAAAAUCAGAAACUCGCCAAAAAUACUUAGUGACAUGAUAAGUGCUUUAUCAGAUGCUCAACAACAGUGGGUGGAAGAUGCUGGUUUUAAGACUUUGCUUCAUUUUGAAUUGGCUGAGCUGCCACAGAGGCUUUCAUAUAAGGUUCUUAAAUCUUUUGAUGAAAAAAAUUGCUUGUUGGUACUAAAGAAUGGAGAGAUACAAAUCACUGAGAAUGUUGUCUACGCUGUACUUGGGUUGCCUUAUCAAGGAGCUGAAAUUCAAUUUGGACAAGAUGAUCGAAUUCAAGAAAGAAUUAAGAAAUGGAGAUCACAGUUUGGAAUCACUGAUGGACAAAAUCUGGUCAAAGCAAGUGAUGUUGUUGAUAAGAUAAAACAAACAGGUGAUGUUGACGAUACAUUUAAGAUGAACUUUUUGGUGGUUAUGACAAAUGUUUUGAUAAGAUCAAAUACCAACAAUUUUGUAAGUCAAACGAUACUUUCUUUUAACGAUGACUUGGACAACUGUGCAAAGUACAAUUGGGCAAAACAUCUGAUAAAAAGUCUUGUAAUCACAAAGAAAAGGUGGAUGCACACAUCAUCUCUUUUCUUUACGGGACCAAUGGUUUUCCUGCUUAUAUUGUAUGUUGAUCGGGUCUGUUUCCAAGGCAAGAAAAUUGUACUCAGGCUUUUCCCAGCUUUUAGAGGAUGGACAAGAGAGAAACUGAAGGAAAGGGAAGUGAUGGAAGCCGAAGAUAAUGCAUUUGGCUCUAGAACUAUACUUGAUUUGGCAACUGCAGAGGAGUUGGAAGAAAAUAACAUAUUACUUUGGAAGGGGAAAGGUGCUACUGAAAAUGAUAAAGUAAUGGCCCUAAAAGCAAAGAGAGAGGCAGAGGGCAAUAAUAGACAGGACCUAAUUGAUGAACCAAAUGAGGAAAAUGCUGCUACGGAGAAUGAGAAAUGUGUGCCCGAACUUGGAAACGGAGAUGUUCAAGAUGAUAAUGAACAGAACAAACAUGAUGUUUCACAAGAGGACUGGUGGGAAUUACUUAGUAGAAAGGCAACUAUGUUGAUAGAUGCAAAUCUUGAAUUGAUUGAAGCCAAAAAUCAAUAUCAAUCAGAAUUGGAUAGAGCAAAAGAACUACAUCCAAAUGAUGAGAAGAUUGAAGAAAUCGAUAAAAGCAUCAAGGACUUGUUCAAAACAAAUAAAUGGGUAGAUAGUGAUAGUUAUGAGAAUGAUUUUUAUGAUAAUGACAAUAUUCAAAUGUGUGCAAGUCAAUCAGAGGAAGCUCGCCCAGAUACAGUUGAUGCAGUUGAAAAAAGUGAUUUACCACCAGAUCACGAUGACUAUCUUGACCUUAUAGCUUGGUUAAAAACUUCAGAAGGGAUAUUGGAGAUUGAAAGAGAUUAUGAGAUGAUUGAAAGAGAGUAUGAAAAUAAACAAUGUCCAUCAUUCUCUCUUGGAAUAAGUCAAGUGUGCAAAGAGUUGAUGGAAGAACACGGGUCUGAUGGCAAUAAAGAUGAUGAAAACAGAACACCAUUGCCACCUAAAGAAAUGGAGAAAAGGACAAGGAGGGAGAUCAAAGUCGGGGCAGCUUUUCGGUCACCAUACAUUCAAAGAAACAUUGAUGUCAAUUCCAGUUACACUAGGCAAGAAAUUGCUGUCUACAGGUGGCUGAUUCAGGACAAUAUGAAUGCCAUGGAGGAAGUUUUUGUGUGUGGAGAGUACACAUGUUUCCGAAAAGUAAUAAAAACACUCAUGCCAGAUAAAGAAUUAUCCUAUGCUGUUAUAGACAUGUGGUCAUUUUUGAUGAAUGCUAGAGAAAACUAUAAAUCCACGGAAUCACCUAUGCGUCUCUACAUGGACAUUGGUCUUUCGAUUGCGCCUUUGGAUGACAAAAAGAGCAAUGAUGAACAGUAUGAACAUUUUAAGAGUGAAAUGAAGCACUAUUUUGGAAGAUACCCAAACAGAAGUAUAGGAAAUGCUGAAUUGAUAUUUUUCCCGGUGCUUGCAUAUGGACAUUUGUACUUGAUCAGCUUCAAUUUAAAGAAGCCAGCAUUUGAUAUAAUCGAUAACAUCAGGCGAGGGAGAAAUGCCGCAAAGGAGUAUGGUCCAAAACCUAAAAUGUUGGUAAGUAAAAGAUAA